CGCAGCUUGUGUGACUCAUUGUGGGGCGGUGAAAACAAACCAGUCGACAGCGUCUCGUUGAAAAUCACGCGUGUGGUAAGCAGAAUGGCCCGGAAGAAUGGGUGGAGGCUGGUGUGUCCGGAGCCGGUCCGAGCAAGGCAGCUGUUGUCCCUGUCCGGAGGAUCUCGCCUCUUCCUCAUCAGGCAGAAUGGCCCAGCAGCGUACACGAUAAAGGAGGAGGGCCUCAGGUGGCCCCUGCAGGUGCUACUUGGAGACCCCCAUUCCUGUACUUGCCGGUUUUACCGCCAGGAGCGCGAGCUGUGUCUUCAUAUCUGCUGGACUCUGCUCCGGAAGCUGCAAUUGAAAGUGGAUGAUCCCCUGUCGUACCAGACAGGGCUGGUACCCCACGAGUUGAACGAACUGAUUCUUGGUACCCACGUCGGCCCCACUCGUGUGCAGAAGAAGAUCGUACAUGUCAUGGAGUCGGUGCCACCGAAACCAGUCGGUCCGAAGGAUAUGUGCCCUAUUUGCCUGGAAGAUCUGCUAGAAUCUAGGAGACCCGUGACGUUCUGCCGAUACGGAUGCGGACAGUCGGUCCACAUCGUGUGCAUGAGGGUCCUGGCGCUACAUCGGGUGACCCCCGGCGACGGGGUGAUGCUCAGCUGCCCCCUCUGCAGGGGCGACUUCUCCACGUGGCGCGAUCUGCUGUUGGAGAUGAAAAAUGCGCCCGACCGACACAGGCGACGUCUCCUGCUGCCUCCGCUUGCCCAGGGGCGUCGGCCACUACAUGAAGGCGUGAGAUGCACCUCGUGCCAGUGCUCCCCCCUGCGGGGCCCACUCUACCGCUGUUUGUCUUGCCCCUUCGUACUCAUGUGCGAGGAAUGCGUCACGGAUCGUCGACGGAUCAGCGUCGCGGCGUUCCACAGGGACCACGGUCUGGCCGUCAAGGAGAGCCCACUAGAUCGCUGGCGGGCUUCUCCCCAAAAGAGCACGCUGCCGAGAGGGGUUCCUCGUCGGAGCCUCGGAUUGUCCAAAGAGACCACACAUCGAGUUUUCAGAGGGCAGGAUCUCCUCAACAGAGGGCAGCAGUGUUGUUUGUGCCUCGCACCUUAUCAGAUCCGUGAGGAGAUACGAACAUUACCUUGCGGUCAUCAGUUCCACGCGGCCUGCGUGUCCCGAUGGCUGCUGCACUCACCUGAUUCCUGUCCCCUAGAUGGAGCACCUGUCGUCCGUGCUCACCGGCGAGCUUGUGGCUUUGAAGAGACGGAGUUUGGAAAUUGUAAGAUGCAGCGGAGGAAAUUGGUGGAGCCACAGUUGCAGCAAAAGUCACUAGGGACAGGGCUUCAAGUGAAGGGACUGACCCUCUCAGACCGAAGAGGAGCAUACUGCCUCUAUCAUCAGGGCGAUAAUCGCAAGGACCUCUGCAACGUCGGUAAACUUCUAUCAGACGACACGGCCCAACAACCCGGAAGACGGCCAUCCCAGGACUUACACCGCCGUGAAGACCUCAGAUUCUACUUAUGCUGUAAUUAAUUAAUUUCCAUCAGUUUCAGAUGAGACUCUAGUUACUAGUUUUGUCACAAUUAUUUAUUUUAAUCCGUCUUAUCACAAUAUUUAAAAAAUUUUAUAAUUAAGAUAAUAAAAUAUCAUUGAUGUUCCAUAUCGAUUGAUUGAUUGAUUUAUUUUUUUUUUGAC